CUCGCUCAAUUGUGCAAACAGGUGUGGUAAUGCUGGGCACUUCCACAUAUAGUGAUACCUCAGAUCGCCGUGCUGGACUUUCUAGAAAUCGUCAGCGUAGAACAGCCAAGAGAGAACGCACUCAAGACAUCGACAACGUUAAUCGCGACCGCCUUUACUACCCUUCGAGUCAGCUGCCGCUUCAGUGACUAGGUCCGGAUCCGUACAAUGCUCUAUAGAUUGCUGUGGUCUCCGAGUCAACAGAGCAACAUGUCGCCAAGAUCACGUUAAGGCUUAUAGCGCUCACCGUCGGGCGCCAUCUAGCUUUCGCGACACCACUAAGUGAUUCUCCACGACAACUACGUACGAUUGAUAUUAUUUUAGAGACGUGUAAGCUACUACCGCUUAUCGAGUCUUUUUGAAUUCGUCUAUUUUAACAGGAUCAUGGAGUUUGGCUAA